AUGCGAUAUGCCAGGUUAAAGCAGGUAGCACUUCGCGUAUCCUUGCUGGGUUGUGGCGGCACGGCUCUCGUGUGCAAAGACGAUGACAGGCGACGCUUGGCCGUGGAGACGUUGUUAUCGUUACGCAGAGCCCUGCAUGCUGCAGCAUGCGUGGGAAACAUGGCCGUUCGUUACAAGACCUUGUCAUGGUGGCACAGUGCGCAGCCUUCGGAUACUUACAGGGAGCUCUUGAGCAAAACCCACGAGGACUGUGCCAAGCUUGCCCUGCAGAUGUGCCGGGGCAACGGUGGGCUGUUUGUGAAAAUCGGCCAGCACGCUGCUACGCUGGCGCCGGCCGUGCCAUCCGAAUAUGUACAGCAUCUAGCACAAUUGCAAGACCGCGCCCCCGCCGGAGACUGGGAGGAGGUGAAGAUGGUCAUUUGCUCCGAGCUCCACUUGCAGCCGACGGAUUUGCAUGACGUAUUCGUCGAGUUUGAUGUGGAGCCAGUGGGAAGUGCCUCCUUGGCACAGGUCCACCGUGGGAAGCUACAUGAUGGGCUCGAGGUUGCCGUGAAGGUGCAGCAUCGCCAUAUCGAUUCUGUUGUGGCCAGUGACAUCUUCAUUGUUCGUUGUUUGGAGCGGAUUAUGAGUUAUGUUUUCAAGCAGGAGAACUUCUCCAUGGCGUGGGCCAUCGACGAGUUCGAGAAAAAUGUCUCACAUGAGCUUGACUUUCGCGAGGAAGCGAAGCACGCAGAUCGCAGCCGAGAGCUUUUCGAGAGCAACCCGGACCUGGCAUCCUCCAUCUGGAUACCGAAAGUGCAUCGCAGGUUGUCAACACGAAGGUUGUUGGUGAUGGAUUUUUCGCAUGGUGUUCCUAUCAGUCAUGUAGUCAAGUCUGCACAGAAGAGGUCGAGGAGGCUGGCGAUGUCCCCAGGUGAAGAGCAAGAGGCACAAGUGGCUUCUGCUGCAGCCCGAUUGCUUGUCCAAGCCUUCGGCACAAUGGUCUUUUCGUUUGGAUAUGUGCACUGCGACCCUCAUCCAGGCAACCUGCUCGUGGAGAUGGGGAAAGAAUGUAAGGAAGCUCGCCUAGUGAUCUUAGACCACGGUCUGUAUCGGGAGCUUUCGGAGCAGCGUCGCUGCGCCAACUGUGGGCUGUGGCAAGCCAUGGCAUUGCAAGACGCUGAGGGCUUGAAGAAGCACUGCAACAGCUUGGGGAUCGAUAGCAACACAGCUGAGCUGCUUCCUCUCUAUUUCACCAACCGCUCCCUCGAGACGCAAGCUGGCUUGGGACAGAAGAUUACAAUCGCACAGAAGAAGGAGUUGAAACUGAAACUGCAAAGCCUUGGAAUCCUCCCGGAGAGAGCAAGCGCAGCGUCUUUCGCCAUAUCUGGUUUAGGUCUGCUUGCCGAUCGCAUUCCCGGGGACAUGCUCAUGGUGAUGCGUACGAUGCACCUUGUGGCAUCGUUGCAUCGCGACCUUGGGGGAACGCCGGCGGAGCGAUUUGCUAGCUAUGCUGUAGCAGCUGCUCGAGGCGGUACAAGCACGUUCAUGUCCUCGAGACGACUCGCGCAGGCACUUGCGUGUUUAAAGGUAUGGGCUUUCAAAGCCAGGCUUUGGAUGAGAGAGCUGUGCCUAUGCAUGCAGUGGCCAUGGUCGGGACAGGCCACAGAGGAGUUCUCAAUCGCCAGGAGUCUCGCAGAAAUUGCGAACCACGAUGAUGAAUGA